CUUUUCUCUCUUCUUUUCUCUCUCUAAUUGUACGGUCACAGUUUUCGUUAUAGGGAAAAGUCUGAAGAAGAAAAAAGAGGAUGCCGCCUAACACGUCUGCCUCCGCCUCUUCCUCCACCGCCAACGCCACUGCGAACGCCGGCGGAGGAGGAGUGAUCAUGCUUUUCGGAGUCAGGGUGGUGGUUGAUUCGAUGAGGAAAAGUGUUAGUAUGAACAAUCUUUCUCAAUAUGAACUGCCUCACGAUUCGAACAUUAAUAACAAUAUUAACAACAAAAGCACCAACAACAAUAAAGAAGUUGAUAACGUAACCACUGGUUACGCCUCUGCCGACGAGGCCGUUCCUCACUCCACCGGAAAUCGCGAGCGCAAACGAGGGGUGCCGUGGACGGAGGAAGAGCACAAGCGGUUUCUAUUAGGAUUGCAAAAAGCAGGGAAAGGGGAUUGGAAAGGUAUUUCUAGAAACUUCGUGAAGACUCGAACGCCGACACAAGUAGCGAGCCAUGCUCAGAAAUACUUUCUCCGACGAAACAAUCUCAAUCGCCGCCGUCGUAGAUCUAGCCUUUUCGAUAUCACCACCGAUUCGGUAGCCGCCAUUCCAAUGGAAGAAGACCAAGAUCAUCAACAAGAGAACACAAUUCAGCCACCCGAGAGCAAUGGAUUUUCUAUGAUGCCGGUGGCCUUUACUAUGACUGUUAAUCCGGCGGUCUUACCGGUUCCAAUUGAGAAUCCAAUGGAAAAUCUGACAUUAGCACUGGGGAAUCAAUCGAAUAACAAUAUUACAACCGAAAAGCUCAUCCGUCCGGUUCCUAUUUUCCCAACUCCUCAGGCAUCUGAUUUGAACUUGAACUUGAACUUGAAUUCAGUCAUCGAUCCUUCACCAUUGUCACUCAAGCUGUCUUUACAAUCUGAUCAAAUGGAUUCUUCAUCCUCUUCGAGGCACUCUGCAUUUCAGAUGAUGCCAAGCUUCAGCAAUGGAGAUAGCAAUAGCAUCAUCAGAGUUGCUUAAGAAGGAUAAAUUAAGGUAAAAUUAGGAGACUGGAUUUGUAACCUUUGUUUUUGAUGUACAGACUAAAACAGAAAAAAACUGUCAUGGCCUGUUGCUUUUGUCGUUUUCUGUUUCUAUCAUAUUAGAUUCUUGUUCAUUUGUUUUUGCUCUGCUAGCUGAUACGGUAUAACUGAAAAUAACAAGUGCUGCCUCCAUUCAUUACUGAUCUUGCAAUCUUGGUGGGUCCACACUUAUGACUUUCUUGUGGUUUCAUGGCUUUUAUGAACGUGGGUUAGCGGUAGGGAGACAAUAUUUUUGUUCCUUUUUUUCCACUAAUUUUGCGAAUUUGAAUUGUUGAAUAAAACCCAUAUUAAAUGGAUGGUGGAUAGUUGUUGUAAAUUUCUAUGUUUGGUUAUACGGGGCAGACCUUGUGGAUUUAUAUAGACAGGAAACGGAGGGUUGGUGAAUUUUGUGGCGGAUUUUUGCAUUCAAGGACUGAAGGAGGACCUUAAUUGGGACAGGAAUGGGUGGCUGUCCUGUCAUGCAUUUUGCCUUGGAUUAUCCCCAGAUGGACGGACAAGCUUUUUUAUUUCUAUGACUGGCUGUAGUCUGUAGUUGAUUUGGUUUGAUGAUGUUUCUUCGUUGUGGAUGAGGAAACAAAUGUUGGUAAGUUCGUACCAAAAAAAGAAAAAUUUUUGGCAAGUUUUAGAAACAUCUUUUUGCCCUUUUAGUUUUCGAAAAACAAGCCGGAGCAUUGUUAGUAAAAUAAUAAAUUCUUAAUUUUAAUUAGUGUUUAAAUUUUAACAAUUUCAUGUCUAAAAAAAAUUUAAUUCAA